AGGCGAGGUGCUUCCGCCGAAGGAAAAUGGCGGCGGACACAACAACGGAGCUUCUGUUUUUAGACACUUUCAAGCACCAGAGCACAGAGGUAACGGGGGAGGCGAGGGCCGUUUCCUUCUGCUUGACGGGCGCCCAAAGAGGACGGACGUAGCGGAGUUUUAAUAUUUUUUGCUCCAGGGACGAGGGUUGAUUUCAUGCGGAGAGGUCGGACCCUCGGGGCGGGGCUAGAGCCCCUUUCCUCUCUCGAGCCCCACAAAGGAAACUGGUGACAGCUCUGGCCCGUUUCCUUCUUUAGUAGGUGCAUCUGCGUCUUGUAUAGAGGUUCACACGCAUGUACAAGUGUAAACAUAUUUCUUUUUCAUAUUUUUUUUGGGGGGGGGAGGUUUCGACCAUAGGAAUGAGAUGCCUUACCUUUAAUAAAAAUAAAAAGCCUGUCAAUUGUCUAGGUGUUGUUUGAUCUGAAAUAACUGCUACUGUGUGGCAAUUACUAACAUAGAUUAUAACCCAUGAUAACACACUCUGAAUAUUGUUGGAUUCCAAGUUAUGCCAGCCCAACCGAUGUAGCCAGUAGUGGGAGGAAAUGGGAGUUGCAGUUCGGCACCAUCAGGAGGGCCAUAGUUCCCCACCACUGGGAUAGAAAAAGCCAGUUGAAGUGGGCGUAACAACAAUAGUUUAAGUCAAAACAAUCAUAGGCUAAUUGGAGAUCUUAAGUAUGUGCAGCCUUACUGCCUUACUGACAAUUUGUAUUGCCCUAUUUGUGACCUAUUUGAGCUGUACGCUGGCUCCCUUGGCCAAUAAAGUGAGAUGAGUGCCGCAACCCCAGAGUCGGUCACGACUGGACCUAAUAGUCAGGGGUCCCUUUACCCUUUACCACUAUUUGUAUGUUAUUAUGUAGAGGAGAUUAUUGAUGAGAGAGGUUAAAAACUCUUAAUGUAUAGAGCCAUCAAAGCCCAGUACUACAGUACGUGCUUUCCAAGCAGCUGAAUUAUCUGCAUGUUGCUGUAACUGUGCUUCUGAUGCCCCCUGUCUUGACAUAGGAAUCUGGCCCAGCACUCUUUUCUCCUGCACUAGUAGGUUGGGUAAAACAAAUCUUUUGAGUCUCUUAAGUUGUGAGAUAGUGUGAAAAGUAGAAUGCAUCUACUGUCUUUCUAUACUCUAUAAUCUGCCAAAAGCACAAGUAUGCAAUGCAGUCUGUUAUAUGGUUUGGUGAGAUAUAGGGAGCAGGUAGAGUCCCUUCUAUUCCCUGUGUGAGAUAUCAUUUGUGUCUGUGAAAAUGAUAAUACAGGUGAAGUGUACUGAGUUCUAGCAAUAUUGUCAAAUUAUUGUUUGUGCUGUUGCAGCUAACUACACAAACACUAGCAUUAAUUUGUCAAAUUUGGUUGCCUGUGAACUGCUGGAAACCAUUUUCAAAUAUUUUCUCAUACAUAUCCGGUACACGUAUGCAUGCCUAUUUUUUUGGAGAAAGGGGAGUCUAUGCAUGCCAAAUGACCCAUAUGUUGGGCUAGGAACAUUUAUUUGGAUUUCAGUACAUUUCAUCAUGCAAGUAUAACCAAAUUUAUGCUGCAAUUGUUUAUAUUAAACUUUGCCUCUUGACCUUCACAGACUAAGACACUUGCUUACUCAACAAAUGUGGAGUAUGUGAAGUUGCUACUUGUGCUUAUAGUGAAAUAUUCAUUAGAUGGGCUGUAGUGUUCUUAGACUUAUGAAGAUCAGAUGGAGGAUGCUUGUGAAAAUGCUGACUGUUAAAUGGGAGCUGAAGCCAGGCAACAUCUGGCCUUGGGGAAGGCUGGGGGUAUAUAUAGAGUAUGCUUACAUAUAGUGGAGGCAUUCCUUUUUACCCUCCAAGCUGAAUACAGCUUGCUUGCCAUGUAUCUUAUCAGAUACAUGUAUCUAUCAGAUGUUGACAACACUUCAGUAUAUACUGACACUUAGUUCAGUAUAUUAUUUGUUCGUUACAUUUGUAUUAUGCCUUCCCACCAAAUAGUGCUCAAGGCACCUAAAAUCAAUAAUAUGCCAUUUUUCGGGCAAGUAGGAAACAAGAAGGUUAGAGAGUCACUAGUAGGUUGUGUUUCACUUCAUAGGCCACAAAUGUAUUAAUUUAGAAAAAAUAUUCUGUGCUUCCCUUCAAUAAAAUUCCUCUGGAUGGUGUACAUUACAAUAAUAGAAGAGCAAAACAAACAAAAAACCAGCAGAAGUUGUGGACUUAUUUUAUUCCAUUCUUAAAAUUACUUACCUUUAAAAACAUUAAAACAAUUUGCUUAACAGCCAGCUGUAUUUUUUAGGAUGGCAGCCUAAGGAAUUGGUGAAAGGCUUCCUCUGGUAACAUUUAGUGGUUACUUUUUAACUGCAUCAUCUGUAGCAAGAUGUAACUUUAUAAAGGCAUGCUAUGGCCAUUAAAUUUACAUUAAAAUACUGAUAGGUGACUGAGUCAUUGUGUGAAGCUUUAAAUCUUCAUGCUUUUCUUGUUCUUUUACUACCGUGUUUCACACUAAUAUCAUGCAGCUUUCCUUUUGUUUUGGCCAAGUACUGUACUAGGUUUUCAGGAUAUACACCUUUUGUUUUGCUUUCUUCUCUUUCCUGUAGCACAUUGCAAAAUUUUCUGUGUUCCUCAGUUCCCUGAUGGAUCAUUGUCUAUUCUUUCUGUUCAUCCAAUCAUCCUCUUGGUUCAUCUUCUCUUCCUGCACCUCAGUUACCUGAUGUCAGAAUAUAGCUUUUUCUGUCUCUUUGAGAACAUCGAACAUUCAUUUUUUAACAGCAAUGUUUGACCAGCCCUUCCUAUAGUAGUUGUGAAUAUUCCAUGACAUCACAGCAGCCCAGAUAAUGCCUUAGGCUGUGGUUGUGUGAAGUGAGUGAAAGAUAGUUUAGAGACUUACUGUAUAUAAAAAGAAUAUUGCAAUGCAUCUCAGUAUGGGAUGCAUGCCAUUAAAUUACUCAUUAAAAAGGUAGGCAACUAUUAAUAUAACAAAAGCAAAAUUAAUUUGUACUCUUCAAAAGCUGCACUCAGUGGCUGAAUGUCACCUCUGAAUUUUAUUUUUUAUGUCCUUGCCUGCUGCAAAUGGUAAGCAGCCUAGUGUGGGUGGCACUUGUCAGGAAAAAUGGGUGGAUACAGCUGUCAUAUCAUUGCUGGCCUUUUAGACAAUUUUUGGGCGCUGUGCCAUAUAUUUUAACCUUCAUGAAUUUUGUUCACUUUGUUUUUGUUUUUGAUAGCAAAGUAGUAAUGUAGAUGUGGUUCGCUUUCCAUGUGUGGUUUACAUCAAUGAAGUACGUGUCAUCCCUCCAGGAGUAAGAGCUCAUUCUAACUUACCUGAAAACAGAGCUUAUGGGUAAGUGCAAGUUGAUUAAUUGAAUUCUUUAUUUAGAAUAUAGACAUCCUGCUUUCUAGCACCUAGUGCCUCUCAAAACAAAUUAAACAAAGGCUUACAGAAGAUUCUCAAAGUCAAACUCAAAUGUGGUACAGGAACAAAAAUUACCUACAUGGUGUACAUAUGGGGGCUGGAGUAUUCAGGCUCUCAUUCUUGUUCUUCUGUGGUGUCAUACCAGGCAGUCGCUCCCCCAAUGUCAUCUGAAGCAAGGAGGUGAUUUGUAUCCCACUGAGUUGUAUGAUGAAGGCAAGCCUUCCCUUGUUGGCAAUUCCCAUUUGCCAAGUAAUAGCUCCAUCUGAGGCAAGGGAGUUGGGCCGAGCAGCUGGAACUUGCUCAGCACAUAGUGAAACUUUUCUUCCAUUUCUGGAAGUUAGUAGCUACCUACCAGUGGUUAUUUGAAGAGCAUUUUAAAUUUGGAAAGUAUUUUGUUAUGUUCUCCUUCCCAACAACCUUGUAGCUCCCAUCAUAGAGAUGCGGAAGAAACUUGCCCUUGGCCACACAAUGGCAGAAAGACUUGAACUUGGAUCUCCCAGAUCCAUCCAGCACUAUCCCCUGGAAUCAGUCUUUUCCAAAGCUUAGGACAAUAUGAGAACUCAGAGAGGGAUCUAGAUUGCGUCAAGACAGUGGCCAUAGCAAGAAUGCCAGGGUCACUUGACCCUGAUGAACUGGUGAGUGGAUUUGUGCAAUCCUAAUACAAGGCUAGCACAGACCUGGAAAGUUCAUUUAGUUUGAAGUGAAUUGGCAAACCAUAGCUUGGAGACAGUUUUGGUUAGCUCCAACCCUUAUUUGCCCUAUUGGGGUAUUAUGUCGAAGUAGGAUUAGAACAAAUCAGGAAGGGGAAGUAAGAAGUGUGCUCACCCACAUCUUCCUCCUGGUGGCAGUUUUCUGUCUGUCUUUCCCAAAAGUUACUUCCAAGGUCUGGGAAUCCCUUUAGAAUGGUAUUGAGCGUGGUGAAAGGGGAUGUGGUUUUGCGGUGGGGGUUGCUGGAAAUCAGGGUCUUUAUUGACCCCCAGCAUUUAUGAUCAUUUAUCAAAUCUGUGCAGUGUCAAAUAGCACAUGUGUGGUGGAGGUGCAGUCACAGAUCUGCAGGCCUCUUACAUAAGUGAUGAGCUUGCCUAAAAUUACAAAUGUGAUGGUUAAGAUAGUGGGAAAAAAAUGUAUAACAAUGUAUGAUUUACCUUUGAAUCCAAUAAUGCUAGGUUUAUUAGAUGAUGAGAUGUCAUGAUAAACUGUAAGCUAUUGGAUUGAGAAUGAGCUAUGUGCUUCCUCAUUACCCUUCUCCACCUCCCCUUGAGUUGUGGCUUAUUAAUUUUAUAGUCGAAUACUAUUAAAAAGCUCCCCACUUCUUUACUUCUUGCAGAUUGUGGCUAUAUGAUAAUUGGUAUUUUAAGGCUUGAUUAUCUUGUUUAUUGUGGUUCUGUAAAAUAAUUUUUUACACUUUGGCUUUCUUCUCAGUGAAACAUCUCCUCACACAUUUCAGUUAGACCUGUUUUUCAACAAUGUCAGCAAACCAAGUGCCCCUGUAUUUGACAGGCUAGGAAGGUAAGCAGUUCUUUCAUAAUCUUGGUGCCAUUGUAAGACUUAACCAGGGCUAAGGCAAGCCGUGUAAGCCUGGCUACUAGUGUCCUUGUGUCUUGUUUAUGAAGAAAACAAGUUGAAGUAAAUGAAAAUGUAGGCUUUGAGUUUCUCUAUUCGACUACUAAAUAUAAAAAUAGAUAAUUGUCAUUCUCAUUAGAUAUUGCUUGAAAAAAGUACCAUCGUGAAUCUGGUUAUAAAAGAUGUUGAUGCAGUUUCUUUGACCUUUAACACAUAUUUCUGUUUUAACAGCCUGGAGUAUGAUGAGAACUCUUCAAUAAUUUUCAGACCUAAUGCCAAGGUAAUGGUCACUUGUAAAUUCUGAGAUUGACCCUUCUGGUGACAACUCCUGUACAGAGAGAGGCUGGUAACCUCUACACUGGGCUGUGUUUGGAUGGGAUGUUCUUGGGGUACUUUUGAAGUCUUCUCAGAAAGUUUAAUUAGUGCAAAACAUAGUUGCUAGGUUUUUCACUAGGGCCAACUAUAGAGAGCAUCUCUCAACAGUUCUUAAACAUGCAUACCAGUGGCUAGUCUGUUUCCAAGAGCAGUUCAGAGUGCUGGUUGUUACCUAACUGAAGGAUUGCCAUCUACCUCAUGAGCCUGCCUCAAUCCUUUGAUCUACAUCAGAGUCCCACAAUCAUUUGAAAUAAGGAGGUGAUGAGCAGAGCAAGUGCCUUCUCAGUCUUGGAGGAUCACAUUUGGAAUGCCCUUCCCCAGAGGUGCUCACCUGGUUCCCGCUCUUUAUUAAAAACAAAGUGUCAUCUAAGAAAUGCUCUAGGGGGAGACAUGAUUAGUUUUAGUCCAUUGUGUGAUGCAGUGCAGGCCAUCUGAAGCCCAUUAGAAACAUUUGGUCUAAGUGGGCCAAGUACAUAUGGUAGGGGGACCAGCAUUAUGCAGCCAGAUGCUGUCUCACGUGUGUGCGUGUGUGUGUGUGUGUGUGUGUGUGUGUGUGUGUGUGUGUUAGAGAACCUGUGCAUGUAGGCCAGCCAUGGAGAACCUCUGGCUCACAAGCAGAAGGUGACCUUUAAGUCCUCUCUAUCUGACCCAUGGGACUCUCAUCAAGUCACAUCCCUCUGCCCAGCCCAUGCCCCUCACAUCACAGCUCACCUGUCUUUUUUAUAUAAAAAAUGCUGAGGCUUUCAAAACUAUUACAGGAUUCUGUGCCUCAUGUAUUUGCAAAGUGCAUUUAUAUCCUACUGUAACAUGUAAGUGAAAUCUAACAAUGGCAUAGCUGGAACUAUAUUUCAUUGCAAAUAUAUACUGGUACUGAGCUUGUAGUGCAGGUGUGCAGCAAGUUAAAGGUUCAUCUUUGUUUCUUUUAUGUUCUCUCUCCUCCUUUAAAAUCCAGGUCAACACUGAUGGAUUAGUUCUGAGAGGCUGGUACAACUGCUUGACGCUUGCAAUAUAUGGCUCUGUUGACAGAGUAAUAAGCCAUGAUAGGGACUCUCCCCCUCCGCCGCCUCCGCCGCCACCCCCUCCUCAGCAACAAGCAGCUUUGAAAAGAACUCCGAAACCUGGUAAGCAUUCCAAAACUAAGCCAAUUAAGAAAUGCAAAUAGAAGUAAGUGAUUCCCCCCCACAGAAGUUAAAUCAUCUACGUCUAAAACGCUUGUGUCUCAUUACUUCUUUCAGCUGAAGUUUUUGUCUGUGAUCUGUAAGUUAAUGCAUGCACGACUACAGUUUUUUACUGAGUGGUUCAUUUUCAGCAACUUCCCAAGUGAUGCCACAGGCUUCCCAUGAAUUAAUUUAUCUUUAUUUAUAAGCUCAUUUAUAUGCGUUGUUUUUUUUACAGCUGAUGGCGAGAAAGAGGAUCAGUUUAAUGGCAGUCCUCCACGACCACAGCCUAGAGGCCCAAGAACUCCACCAGGCCCCCCUCCGCCUGAUGAUGAUGAAGAUGAGCCAAUGCCCGUAUCAGGUAUUUUGGAACGUAACUUUCUUUCCAUUUCUUUCUCACUUGUGUCCACAUGCAUGCAUAAUUUAAGUGAGGAGAAAGUGUUGCUGUAUUUCUAGCAGUAGGUAUAUUUUCCAGCUGCAACUGAAUUCACCACUGGGAAGUGGCAGUUGUGACAGGAGAUAUGAUGCAUCUAUUAGGCUGUUCCAUACGGGAGAAUUGGCAAACAUCUGUAUUGGUCCAUGGAGGCUAACCUUGCCUUAAAACUACAAAACCAAAGCAGCAGUUUAUUAGCAUCCUAACUUGAAGAUCUAAAUUGUAUGGAAAAUACACAGGAUUCUCUUAGCAGAACAUUAAAUUACACUAUGGGUAUUAGUUGUUUAGUUUUUGUUGUCUGCUUUCUCUUUCUUUUUGAAAAUGGCAGUUGUUUAAAUUAAUUUUGCUGUGGAUUCCAAUCUUUCCAGUGGUUGGGGAGAAAGAUGACGAUGUUGAUCACAGAGAGGAUUACUUUGAGCCCAUUUCUCCUGAUCGGACAUCCGUUCACCAGGAGGGCCCAUAUUCUGAUGAAGCAGAAGUGGAAGAAGACCAGCCCGAAGAAGUGGAUGAUGAAGAGGGGGUGGAUGUUGAGGAGGAGGAGGAAGAUGAAGAGGAUGACGAUGGUCAAACAGUAGAGAGUAUUCCAGAAGAUGAAGAAGAGGAUGAAGAGGAGGAGGAGGAGGAUGAUGAAGAAGAAGAGGAUGUUGAAGAAGAGGAGGAGGGUGAAGGUAGGCAAAUACAGAAGCGGCUGAGGACUGAGUUGCACGUGCAUAUGUGUUCUUUCAUCACAGAACAGUUGAUUUUCAGCUGAAUGUGUGAACUGUCCCUAAUGAAAAAUAUUGAGUAGUGUCCAAGCUUUAUUGAUAACAGAUCUGUUGAAAUUAAUGCACCUAAUGUCAUUUUCAUUAAUUUCAGUUGGUUUACCUUGAGUAAAAUCACCCAUUGUUUGAUUUGACUGUGGGGCAUUCAAACGUUCUGUGUUACUUAACCUGUGUCAGUCAGUUCACACUAGUUGUCUCUAGAAGCUAAUAAUGAUACGUGGUAUGUGUGUGUGAUCUGGUCCUGAGACAGUGGAAUAUAUGUAGUAUUUUUUUGGGAAGCCAAGCACUUCAGAGGACACCAGGGAAGAGAUUUUGAAGGUUUUGUGGUGUAUAGGUUUUCUACCUUUUCUGUCAAAAUAUUAUUUGUGCUAUAACUGCAGUUGUGAGUCAUUGUCUUUUUAUGUUUGCGGUGACAGGAGAGAGAGCCCUUCUCAGUGGUGGUGCCCUGAUUGUGGAACUCCCCCUCAUUAGGAGAUAUGACUGUCUCCUUUACUCAUGAGUUUUAGACAUCAAUUUAAAUACUUCUCCAUAUGAGGGAGGUUCAGAGGGUGGUUACACAAGAGGAGAGUUUUUCAGUGGUGGGCCCCCUUUUUGAAAUACUCUCCCUAGGGAAACUUUCCUGGUAUCAUCAGCUUUUGGGUGAUAGAUGCUUCUGUUUGCUAGUCUUCAGUUAGUCUCUGUUGUGCUGCUCAUCUUUUAGUGGGGUACAGUAGGGCUAGUCCUUGGAUGAGCAUUUUAAGAGUUUUGUAUUGUACAUUGUUUUUCAGUUUGACUUUUAAUUGAUUUAAAUUAUUCAUAUUUUAUCUUAAGUUGCUUUAAUACUUUUUUUGUAUAAAGUGACUAACAAAUACUACAAAUAAUCUUUUCAUACAGUCCUUUGGGUGAGGACUGUAAGCUGGAUAUGGUGGUUUGAAUGUUGCUGAGGAAUGGUUUGAGUGGUUUCCUUGUAUUUAAGUCUGACUGUAUUGUGGUAUUCACCACUUCAAGAUCCUACGAGAUAGACGGUGGUCCUGAAAUAAAUAAAAACCAAGGUUAAGAAUUCUCCUUGUGGAGAUAAUCUAAUUAUAUGGUGCAAUUAUAUAUUUCUCCUGUUAGUUGAUACCUUUUGGUCCUGUGUGUGAGUGUGUAGCUGAUGGGUUGGCAAAGCAUCCUGCAAAUGUUUUAACUGCUGGGGCUCCCAUGUUUAUGAGCAAAAGGGGAGAAGAUGGUUUAUUUUUCAAAACUGUAAUUAAUGGAUGGGUGUUAUUUGUUGCUUAUUUUGGUUCAAUGGAUUCAACAAGGUAAUUAUAAAACUUUUCUUUUCAGGGGAUGAUGGUUAUGAGCAGAUUUCAAGUGAUGAAGAUGGAAUUGCUGACUUGGAACGUGAGACGUUUAAGUACCCGAGCUUUGACAUUGAGUACACUGCUGAGGAUCUAGCCAGAGUGCCACCUGUGACCUAUGAUCCUUUUGAUAGGGAACUUGGGCCUCUUCUGUACUUUAGCUGUCCCUACAAGACCACUUUUGAAACCGAAGUUGCUAAGAUGAAAGAUCAAGAUCCAGACAAGGAAAAUUCAGGGGCAGUUGAGACCUCUACUAAAUUGACCGAACUCCUAGAAUUAUAUCAGGAGGAGAGGGGUGCAAAGUGGGUCACUGCUCUGGAAGAAAUUCCAAGUUUAAUAGUCAAAGGGCUAAGCUACUUGCAGUUAAAGGACCCGAAUCAGGAUUAUAUAAGCCAGUUGGUUGACUGGACAAUGCAGUCAUUAAACCUACAGGUAGCCCUGAGACAGCCGAUCGCUUUGAAUGUCCGUCAGCUUAAAGCUGGGACAAAACUUGUCUCCUCGCUGGCAGAAUGUGGAACUCGGGGGAUAACGGGCCUGUUGCAAGCCGGAGUAAUUAAUUCUCUAUUUGAACUGCUGUUUGCGGAUCAUGUCUCCUCUUCUCUUAAACUCAAUGCUUUCAAAGCUUUGGAUAGCGUUGUUAACAUGACUGAAGGAAUGGAGGCAUUUUUGAGGAGCGGCUCAGAGGUGCAUGAAAAAAGUGGUUACCAGAGACUACUGGAGCUCAUCCUUCUGGAUCAGACAGUAAGGGUCGUCACUGCCUGCUCUGCAAUUCUACAGAAAUGCCACUUCUACGAGGUUUUGUCCGAGGUCAAAAAGUUUGCUGACCAGUUAGCGGAAUAUCCUCCAUCUCUUCCUAAUCACACUGAGCCUGAGCAGGAUACGGACACGGGACUCGAAAGGGGUAACCAGGAAUAUGAAAAUGAUGUGGACACUCCAAUGGAUAUGGACAGCCUUCUGGAGUCCUCCAGUAUGAGUGAAGGAGAAGUGGAGAAACUCAUUAACCUUUUGGAUGAGAUCUUGCAUUUGAUGGAGACUGCCCCUCACACUAUGAUCCAGCCACCGGUGAAAUCUUUCCCAACAACAGCACGUAUUACAGGGCCACCAGAAAGGGACGACCCUUUCCCAGUGCUCUUUAGGUGAGUGGCCUUAGUUUUUUUAUAUGUUUCAAAGGGAUACCUGUUUGUUUGCUUUCUGCCACUUGGUUGUUGACAUAAGUACUUGUCAUGCAUGUCAUGUGUGCUGCUUAAUAAGGGUCUUUCUUUUUUUUAAAAAAAUAAUAUUUAUUAAAGUUUCAAAGGAAAAAAAUCACAUUAGUAAAAAAAAUUAACAAUGAAAAAGAAAAAUACAAAAAAAGAAGAAAAAACAGUUAAAAACAAUUCCAUCUUUUCCUCACUUCUUUUACAUUUACUUGUUUCCCGGACCUCCUCAUACCUCCCUCUUUUGUAUUCCAAUUAAAUUUGUUAAUCCAACAAUUCCUUUCCCUCCUUUUUAAUCCUAAUCUUUAAUCUUGAUAUAUUAUAACUUUAAAUUUAUACAUAUUAAAAACCAAUUUUUCCAUAUUCUUUUGUACCUGUACAACUAGAAACCACUUAACUUCAAUCCAACAUCAUUCUAACAUCCAUUAAUUUUGCAAUAUUUCUGUAAAUAGUCUUUAAAUUUCUUCCAAUCUUCUUCCACCGACUCUUCUCCCUGGUCACGGAUUCUGUCAGACAUUUCCGGCAAUUCCAUGUAGUCCAUCAUUUUCAUCUGCCAUUCCUCCAGUGUGGGUAGAUCUUGUGUCUUCCAAUGCUUUGCAAUGAGUAUUCUUGCUGCUGUUGUAGCAUACAUAAAGAAAGUUCUGUCCUUUUUUUAACACCGAUUGGCCGACUAUGCCCAGGAGAAAGGCCUCUGGUUUCUUCAGGAAGGUAUAUUUAAAUACCUUUUUUAGUUCAUUAUAUAUCAUCUCCCAGAAAGCCUUAAUCUUUGGGCAUGUCCACCAAAGGUGAAAAAAUGUACCUUCAGUUUCUUUACAUUUCCAACAUUUAUUAUCAGGCAAAUGGUAGAUUUUUGCAAGCUUGACUGGGGUUAUGUACCACCUGUAUAUCAUUUUCAUAAUAUUUUCUCUUAAGGCAUUACAUGCCGUAAAUUUCAUACCUGUGGUCCACAACUGUUCCCAGUCAGCAAACAUAAUAUUAUGUCCAACAUCUUGUGCCCAUUUAAUCAUAGUGCUUAAUAAGGGUCUUUCAAUGUUGGGAGAUGUUCCAGCCUAGACUGUUGUCUCUUUUCCCCCUUUCCCACCCUGUGUCUUCUGUCAUGCCAUCUCAUAACUAAACAAAACUCCUCCACUGUCUUCAUCAAGUCUCUUCACUCUAAUCCUUUAAGUCAGUGAGGUGGUGGAGAACAGUGACAGACUUGAACUGAGAAGAUCUGGAUUCAAAUUCCUGCUCACGUUUGAAGAUUAGUGAGUGCUUGUGGGCACAUCACAAUUUCUCAGGUUCUAUUGCAGUGUUCAUUAAUUCCACUGGGUCUUGUUCUGAGUAAAACUUUAUUGAAUCCCACCCACACUUGUAUACUUCUGCAGCUAUUUCACAUACCAUUGCAUUGAAAGUAGUAAUAAAAAGUUCUGCCAAUGUACUAUAUUUUGAAGUGGAAUUGAGCAUGCUGCUUCUUACAUAUUUCCAGGUACCUGCAUAACCACAAUUUCUUGGAAUCUGUCACGUUGCUGUUAUCCAAUCCAAUAACUAAUGUGCACCCUGGGGUGCUGCAGUCCACCAGGGAUAUACUGAGAUUUUUGGCACAGUCCCAGAAGGGCCUUCUUUUCUUCCUCUCUGAGUAUGAAGCCACAAACCUGCUGGUUCGAGCCUUUUGCCAUUUCUCUGACCCUGAUCAAGAGGAAGGUCUCCAGACUGAUGGGGCAAGCGAUGAAGCCUUUCCCCCAUGGCUUCUUCAUUCAACACAGACGCUGCAGUGCAUUUCAGAACUAUUCUGCCAUUUCCAGCGCUUCACAGCCACUGAUGAAACUGACCAUUCAGAUCUCCUGGGAACGCUUCAUAACCUUUACCUGAUCACUUUUAACCCCGUGGGAAGAGCUGCUGUUGCCCAUGUCUUCAGCCUUGAGAAGAAUCUCCAGAGUCUUAUUACUUUAAUGGAGUUCUAUUCCAAAGAAGCAUUAGGGUAAUUAUCCUAUUUUUUUUAACCUUGCUUUAGGUUUUAUGCUUUUAAAUGGAUGUUUGCAGGUUGAUGUGGGUUUCACAAACUUUUAAUUUGGGGUUGUUCCUUGUUAUGGAACUUUGCUGCAGUACAGAAUCCAACUUCUUACCCUCCUCAUUUUUCUCCUUUUACGAAGCCUUCCCUUUAAAGAAGUGAACCGGGCUUUCCUUGUUCUGGGGUGGUACAUGCUUAUUCCUCAGCAUAGUCUGAGGAUAUGUAUGGGCUGGCCCAUGAAUUAGUAACCUCUUCAUCCCAGUCGAUGCUUGGUGAUUUGGCUCUGAUUGCUGCUGGGCAGACAGGAAAUCCUUGAGAUGUUUAAACAGAUUUCUCACCCCCACUCUCCAAUUCCUGCUUUUAAAUGGGUGGGCUCAGGAUAACUAGGUCUGAAAAUAUAGCUCUACAGCUUAUGAAGCUGUCCUACUUCCUCUGAAAAAACCCCCACAAAAACACAGUAGAUAAUAUGAAAGAAUAGCUAAAAGCAAAGCCAAACAUUUUAAAACCAAGGAACAAGGGGAGCAGCAAGCAUGUUGUGCUUCCUCCUCAUCUUAAUGUCCUGUAAGAUUGAUCUUUUGCAUAUCCACCAGUGUGGAGAUUUGCAGGUUAUCUGCACAGAAGUUCUAUGUUGCAUGUGACAGAAAUGUGGUGGAACAGGAAGUGUAAGCUGCAUGGCUGUUUUCUGAUUCCUUCAUGUUGUUAUGAGAGCAUUUCAUGCUUGUCUGAAACUGGCUACACAGAUCAAGAGCAUAAUUUAGAUAAACAUAUCUUAGAUGCUGGAGUUAAAUUCACAAUCAAAAGAGUGGGGUUUUCAGAUCAAAGUGGCAUACACAACUUUAGCUUGUGCUAAGGAGGUGAAUGUUUGCCUGUGGCAUUGCUUGUAUGGAUUUGAAAUCAGAGCCAUUCUUUAUCCCUCCUGUAGGUUACUGCUAUAUUCUGAUCAAUAUAAUUGACGUUUCUGUUUUGAGUUCUGAAAAGAUUAUGAGAAACUAGGAGAAAAGGCUGAGUCAAUCAAUCAUUUGCAAACUCCUGCUUGUAGUAUGAACUUUUUUCUUCUCCAUACAAAAUAAUUGUUUUGUAAAUGAAAAUCUGAAUAGUAUUCUGUAAGUAUACGUGUAAGGAUUCAAAUGUGAAGUGUGUCAUAAUUUUCAGAAAAAUCUGUUUCAGCGAUUCCAAGUCAAAGAAGUCAGUUGCCUAUAAUUAUGCUUGCAUCCUUAUUCUGCUGGUGGUUCAGUCCUCCAGUGAUGUUCAAAUGCUUGAGCAGUAUUCGGCACCCCUGUUGAAGCUUUGCAAAGCUGAUGAAAAUAACACCAAACUACAAGGUACAGUAUGUGCUGUUCAUGGGGCAGUUGCUGGAAGCAGUUUAGGAGAAAUAUUUUUGGUGUCUGCUAAGGCUCUCCUGACCUUCUGGUUUUUGAUAAUGCGAGUAAUGAGAUUCCUUUGGUAAAUACAGAUUACUAGAAAGGCUCAUUGAAAAACUGUGUGGCUUUUUUCCUAGUGUCAAAGAGGCUUUGUGACACAGAAAAUUCUCUUGUUUGUGUAGUGUACUGUUCAUUGGUGGGAGUCAUUCAGUAACUGCAGAAAAAUGUUCAGUGUUUGAAAUCUUCUAAGGAAGCAAUGUAGGGGGCUCCUGUUCAAAGAACAAACUAAAAAAAGUCACUGGACACUGAUGAUGACCUGAGAGCUUCCAUUGUAAGUGUGUUUCUCAAAUUGGAGCUGUUGUAAUCUUGUCAUGCCCACUUCAAGACAAUGACAGAUGAAAUGAGACCACUUUGUGUGCAGGCUUUUACAUUGCACGGACUGUUUUACUAUACAUAGCUUUUUAAAGUCCCAAGCAGCCUUGGGUCAGAAUAUCUAGGGAAUCCCACCUGGCCAUGUUAGCCUGCCUGGGACCUUCAUUCCACUUCAAGGAUCUCCUUCAGUCCUGCAUCUGAAACAAGGCAAAUAGGAGGUAGGAGAGAGAGCCUUUUUGGCUAUAGUGCUGAAGAUUUGUAAAGACCUCUCAACAGGUGUGCCUCACUCCUUCAUGACCUGCCUUUAGCCUGGUGAUAAAGGCAACAUUACAAAAGUACCUUUAUUAGAAUCUUGAUUUUUAUCAUGAAUUGUGCUGUUUUAAAAUGCUGUGCUGAUUCUGUGUUUUUAAAGCUCUGUUUUGGUUUUCUUCCUGCCAGUACUUCCAUUGAAUUUUCAGUCUGUUUUUGUUUUUGAGAGACAAGAUAGCCUUGGCUUGCAUACAAUAAAGACUAAGAAAUUCAAGUUAUUCUGAGCUGAGGAAAAAACUUUCAUUUUAGAAUAUGCACACAGGAUGCCUUUGUAGCUAAGAUGGGGUUUAAUAUUGAAUAUUCAAGAGAUUAAAUGUUUGAAUUAUGCUGGGCAAAAUUGCCUUUUGGGACAAAUAAAUUGUCAUGGUUCAGAUACUUUUUAUGGCAUCAAAUCCAAUAUUAAAACCUUUUCAAAAUCCUUGUAAGAGUCAUAAAGCUGCAACCACAUAUGUUGCAGUAAGUUGAAUUGAAAUCAUAGGGAUUUAUUCCCACAUAGGAUAGCAGCCCAAGUCAUACUAAUUUCCUCCCACUGCUGAAUGGAAGUGAACCUUUCUGAUUGUUUUAAUGCAAAUAAGCUAACUUUUGAUAAAGACAUCCCUGGACCUAUAGAAAUAGAUCUUCAGCAGUGUUCUUGGUGCUCUCAGCUGAAGAAAUCAGCUGAAAUGUGGUAUAAUAGAGAAUAAUUUCAGACCAAAUCAAAACCAAAAUUUGGCUCAUAUGUAUGCAUUGAGUCUUUAUUCUUUGAAUUAAAGCAGCUUUAAUGUUGUAUUAAAAGUUAACUUGAUUUAUAUACAAAGGCCUGUAGUUCUAAUGCUUGUCACUGUAUUUUUGGAAUGCAUAAUUUUACAUAAUGCAACAUUCUUCAAGUUUCCUUGUUUGUUUUAGAACUUGGCAAAUGGCUGGAACCCUUGAAAACACUUCGGUUCGAAAUUAAUUGCAUCCCAAAUCUCAUUGAAUACAUUAAGCAGGUUAGUAAAAACCAUUUUCAAUGCCUGCAUUUUCUUAAAAAUCCACACCUAGCUAUUUCAUUUGUUGAUCUUUUGCAAUUGUAUAUACAGGAGGCAAAAUUCUUUGUUUUCACAGUUCUGAUUGCAUAGGGUUAUCAUAAAGUUUGCUUGGUACUCCUUUAUCCAGAAAUGUUUUGUUACAAGUACAUUCUAUAUUGGACCAUUUUGCGUGGUGUUUGCUCAGAAGCAAGAUAAAUUUCUCUAUUGCACCCAUUUUUGUUGAAUAUUGAUCUUUAAUAACAUGAGUCUUAUUUUUCAAAUUUUAUUUUAAAGAAUAUUGAUAGCUUGAUGACCCAGGAAGGAGUCGGUCUUCCUACUGCACUUCGUGUCCUGUGCCAUAUUGCAUGCCCUCCACCACCUGUUGAAGGUAUAAUACUCACUUUUAACAUUGUUCCAUUUCCUUUAUAAGAGUACAUCAGAUUUAAUCACCACCUCCUUUAGCGAUAUUGAAGUAAAUUGUUUCUUUGGACCAUUUUCUGUUGCUGACAGAGCAUGUAGAAUUUUGGGAUGGGAAAGUAAAAUGUAAGGAUUCUGUGCCCCAUGAUAAAUUUGGCGUCAUCUAAAAAUAUAUGUUCUUGGUCAUGGACAGAAGGCUCAUAAAAAGGAAUCAUUGCACCUGAUCUAUAUUUUCCUAAUGACUGAGAUCAAGGCACAACAUGGUUUUUCUCUUUUCUCCCCUCCUCCAUUCCCCAUUUCCUCCUAAAGGUCAGCAGAAGGACCUGAAAUGGAACCUUGCAGUCAUACAGAUGUUCUCUUCUGAAGGAAUGGACACUUUUAUUCGUGUUCUGCAAAAGCUAAACAGCAUCCUUAUUCAGCCCUGGAGACUCCAUGUCAACAUGGGGACUACCCUCCACAGAGUCACUACGAUUUCCAUGGCCCGGUGCACCCUCACCCUCUUGAAGACCAUGUUGACCGAACUGCUGCGUGGAGGGUCAUUUGAGUUCAAAGAUAUGCGUAUUCCUUCCGCACUUAUUUCUUUACACAUGCUCCUGUGUUCUAUUCCCCUCUCGGGACGUUUAGACAGCGAUGAACAAAAAAUCCAGAAUGACAUUGUCGACAUUUUGUUGACUUUUACCCAGGGGGUUAAUGAGAAGCUAACCAUCUCGGAGGAAACUCUGGCCAAUAACACUUGGUCGCUCAUGCUAAAAGAGGUCCUCACUUCUGUUCUGAGAAUUCCUGAAGGGUUUUUCUCUGGUCUUAUACUGCUUUCUGAGUUGCUGCCUCUGCCGCUUCCCAUGCAGACCACUCAGGUAUGUAAAAACUACCAAUUAUUUGUAAAAGGCAAGAAAAUUAAAAGACUGGUGAAGAGGAUGGGUAGGUAAGAAUGGACUGAUAAAGAGUUGUGCAGUGGAUCUAUCCAUUUGACGGAUUGUAUACCAGCCUCCCUCAACCUGGUGACCCCCAGUGUCAUUGGACUCCCAUCAGUCCCAGCCAGCAUAGUGAAUGGUCAGGGAUGAUGGGAAUCAUAGUCCAGCCACAUGUGGAGAGAUGCAGGCUCCCCAUCUCUCAUUUAAAGGGCUGGUAGAGGGGAUCCGUCCUUUUGAUGCUGGAUGAUGAGUAGGGAUAUUCAUCCUUAGCUGGGAGGCAAUAACUCUAUAUAUUGGAGCACAUAUAUUGGCUACAAGGGUUUUCGUGAUUGCCUAAAGAGCACCAGGUAGUGUGCCUUGCAUGUGGUGUUGGAGAAGAACUGUAUGUUUUGGCACUCUCAUAGAGUUAAUUUUGCUUUUCUGACAGGUCAUUGAACCACAUGACAUAUCGGUGGCUCUCAACACUAGGAAACUGUGGAGCAUGCAUCUUCACGUUCAAGCGAAAUUGCUGCAAGAAAUAGUACGGUCCUUCUCUGGCUCCACCUGCCUGCCUAUUCAGCACAUGCUGAGACGCAUUUGUGUUCAGUUGUGUGACUUGGCUUCGCCAACUGCUCUCCUUAUUAUGAGGACUGUUUUGGAUCUGCUUGUAGAAGAUUUGCAAAGGUACGAUUUUAUACAUUGUCCUAAGGGUCUUUAAGUGGCAGUGCUAACCUGGUGCCCUUCAGAAGUUUUGGUCUAUGACUCUCACCAUAGCUGUGCAGAUUAAGGAUGAUGGGAGUUUUGUUGAAGGCUUCUGUAGAACCUUUGCAUGUUGAGGCUGGAAAAUGGGCUAUGCCUCUCCUAUCUCAUUCAUGAAUAGGCAGUGGCUGCCUUGGAUUUAGGCCUUCUGUUUCUCUCCGUGCAUGGUGAUGGCUCUUGAAGGAUGGAGCUGUGUGAUGGCUCCUCCAGCUGGGAAAUCCUGAGGGCUGCAGUAAAUUGCUGCAUGUAUGGCAUGAAUAUGACAUGGAGAGGUGGGCUUCAUACAGUUGGUAAUAAGAGAUGCCUCCACUAAUGGAGAGGGCUGAAACAUAGCAUUUCUUUUCAAUACUUUGUUAGGCUUACUGGCUUUGGAUACCAAAGUCAAAACUAGUGGUUAUCUCAUCUUCGCUGGCAACUAGAUACACAGCUAAUUAAUGACCGCAACCUGAAAACUAUCAAAUUACAGUGGUACCUCGGGUUAAGAACUUAAUUCGUUCCAGAGGUCCAUUCUUAACCUGAAACGGUUCUUAACCUGAGGCGUGCUUUCGCUAAUGGGGCCUCCUGCUUCUGCUGUGCCGUUGGCGAUUUCCGUUCUUAUCCUGGGGCAAAGUUCUUAACCUGGAGCAGCCACUUCCUGGUUAGCGGAGUUUGUAACCCAAAGCGUCUGUAACCCGAGGUACCACUGCAAUGGCAGCUCAUUUGUGACAAAAUCAGUGCCACUACAGUGGAAAAAUUGCAGAUAGAUAGGUAUUAUAUUAUAUAUAUACCCACACGCACACACGUGUAUGAAUCUUUUAAUGGAAAUUUCAGAUCUGAAGUUUGUUUUGUCAUAAAUAUGCAUGCAGUAUAUUUGUCUUUUCUAAUAAGAGCAUUGGUGUCACUUCAGCAACCCAGAAGACAAAGAGAAGCAAUACACUGGCCAGACUACCCGCUUGCUUGCGUUACUCGAUGCCCUGGCUUCACACAAAGCUUGUAAACUGGCUAUUUUGCACUUGAUUAAUGGAACUGUGAAAGGGGAUGAGAAGUAUGCUGAAGUUUUCCCAGAGCUUUUGUCUUUAAUGCGAGCUGCAGGGGACAACAUUAUUCACCAGCAGUGUGCUGAGUUCUUGGCUUCUAUUUUGCAGUCUCUCUGCGAUCAGGUAUUUAAAAAUGAAAAUCUAAAGAACCCUUUAAUUUCAUCCUGUAUUGAUUGUGCACAUGUUGUCAUGCAUGUGGGGGUUGUCAUGCAUGUGGGCAGUGGGGUGGGGGGCUGUCCUGGAAGAAGUGCAAGUCUCCCCUUAGCAAACAUGACAGGCUUGUCCAAGAAAAUACAAAAAGGAUGUCCCUACUCGCCAUCUCCCCAGAACACCUAGCCAGCAUGCCUUCAAGGAAGGAGAAAAAUAUACAUGGAGGAAAACCAAUGUAAGCUAAAAGGUGUGUGUAUGUCUGUAUAAAUACUUCGUUUGUUUCCCAGAUAUAAAUCUCUGCUCAUUUCAAAUCUCAAUACACAUUCCGAUUGGUUCUCUCUGGUCAUACCCCUGAACAACUGUAUUCAUUAAAAACCUGUUCUUCAUUAAUUCACAAAUUGCACCAAGGCUGAAUCUUCUUUCAGGAAUUCAUGAGUUGCACCAAGAUUGAGUCCCUCUUCCUUUAAUUGCAUUCCUAAGUCUUAUAAAACUAUGCCAUACCUAUUUCCCGAGCCUGUUAGAAGAACCUUGAAACUGUUUGGUUUCUGGCAGAGAGGGAUUGUUGCUGCCAUCAACUCCUACCAUAAAUCUACCUCUCCUUUUCCAAACUAAUUGCAGAUAGGCUAUAUUUGCACAGCUAUAUAGUACCACCCCUAUCUAUUCUCGCUGAGGCUGGUGGGACUUCAUUGUCACCAAAGGGCCUCAGAUUCCCAAUUCUUUUAGUAGCUGCACUCAAGAGCAGGCCGUUUCAAGUUCCGCUUUAUAGAGCUUAAUGAAACGGCUGUUGAGUGACACUUCAUGUUUCUUUGCAAAGCUAAAUGCUUUUAAAUAAGUUUGGCCAGGAAUCAGAAAUUAGUUCUCAAGAGAUCUAACAGGUUGUGAACAGCACUCCGUUCUGCAUGGCAGACAUUGCAGCUGUGGACAGUCUUGUAACUGUGAAGUCCUGUGGUGUGUGAUAGUAGAGCUUUGCUUUUUGAAAAACCCCACUCGGUUGGUGCAAGCUCUAAAGUGGCUUUUGCCAUGGCCCCAAGGGAUGUCUGUGUGCCUUUCUGCCUUUUGUAAUACUGUGAUUUCUCUUUGCAGGAUAUUGCAUUGGUCUUACCCAGUUCCACGGAGAGCACUCUCUCUGAAUUGGAGCAGCUUUCAAAUUCGUUGCCAAGCAAGGAACUCAUGGCUUCCAUCUGUGACUGCCUGAUGGAGACAUUUUCUAAUGCUGAAAGCAGCUAUAACUGUUUGCUGACUUGUAUCAGGACAAUGAUGUUCCUUACCGAGCACGAUUAUGGAUUCUAUCACCUGAAGAGGUACAGUCCACACAUACUCACACCGCAAAAAUGUUUAGUUCAGCUCACUCCCCCCCCCCCCCGUGGGGCUUACAAAGCAGAAUAUUGUGCUUAAUGUAAUGUCAAAUGUCACAGGCAACGGUUAACAGCAAGAACAUACCAGUGUGGCAUUUUUUGGUGCUGUUGGAUCUUCUCUUUCCCUUGGAAAGAAUUGUUCAAAGCUAACUGCAUAAUAAAACACUCAAUUUGCAGAUUCCUUUUAAAAAAGGAUCUGGCAGUGUUCUUGUAUAGUACAAAUUCUUUUGUGAAGAUGUUAAUUAGGGCUUCUGGCGGAUUAAUGAAACCUUAGUCAGUUCAUCACAUGGGUUUCAUUAAGUCAUCAGAUUUGCUUUAAUGUGCAUGUAAUUGAGCCACAGUUCUGAACAAAGCAUGCUUGUUUUAUUUCAGGUAGUGUCUGAUGUGGCGUAAAAGGUAUUAUCUUAGAAGGUGUAUUCCCUCCUAUAUGUGAGAGGAGGAAUUGCUUCUUCUAAGCUUUUGUUUUGGAUUUAAAACAUUUUAAAAAUGCUGUUUAAUUAAUCAAGGACAUCCUUUUAAUUAACUGAAACAUUGAAAUACAUAUAAGUUCAUUCAGUUGUGUUUCUGAAACUGCCUAUGUUUUAAGUGCUUUAGAUCUAUUAAUCAUAUUAUUUUCAUAUGCUGUGUCAAAAACUGUAUUGUUAACAACCUUUUUCUUUGAAACGAAAACAGCUCUCUAAGAAAACACUGUGGGGCUCUGCACACUGGAUUGAAGCGAGUAGUGAGCAGCUUUAAUAAGGACCCUGGAGAACUUGCAUCUUCAUUUCUGGAUUUCCUGAGACAGAUACUGAAUUCUGAUACACUGGUGAGUAAAUGUGUACAGAGGGCUUUCUGAAGCUUUGCCUUUAUUGCAUUCUGUUGCAUUUCAGCUCAGGAAAAGUAGCUGCAGUUUUCUUUAAAGCGUACAGCUGUAAUACUUCCAUCAUACUUCCAAAUUAUGGUUAUCUAACAGAAUCCCAAAGGGCCAAUUUUAUUUAUUUAUUAUUCAAGGGGAUUUACCGUAUUUUUCGCCCUAUAGGACGCACUUUUUCCCCUCCAAAAAUGAAGGGGAAAUCUGGGUGCGUCCUAUGGGGCGAAUGCAGGCUUUCGCUGAAGCUUGGAGAGUGAGAGGGGUCGGUGCAGCGCCGGGCGCGCUGAAAGCAGAGCGCCCGGCACUUCGGGAACACAUCCGCAGCCUAGGCAGCCCUGCGGGAGUUCCCCGCAAGGCUCCCCACGCUGCGGAUAGCAGCCUGCCGCCCGGCGCAUGAGGCACCCUGAAGCAGAGCGCCCCGCGCGCCGGGCAGACAUCGGCCAGCCCCACAAGCUCGGAGGACAGCAGGGAGGCGCAGCGCCGCCAUCCCGUUGUUCCUCGACCUGGUUCGGUUUCCCCGACCUGGUUUUGGGGGGGGGGGAAUGGAAAUUUUUUCCCCCUUUAUUUCCCCCCAAAAAACUAGGUGCGUCCUAUGGGACGGAGCGUCCUAUGGGACGAAAAAUACGGUAUUUCCUACUUUUCUGUUACAAUAAUAAUACUUAAGGUGGCUUACAUCAUUAAAAAAUGUACACACACAGACACACACACAAACACAUACAAACUCGAAACAACAAAUAAGUAAACAUUAAAUCAGUAAAAACAGAAUAUAGUUUGCAGCAGGUGAAAACAAAGGAAAUGUGAAAACCAUUCAACCUGGUAGGUUAUGUGCUGGCAGGGAUAAAAAUGCCUUAAUAGAGUAGUGAAAACCCAUGAGAGAGACAGAGAGAGAGUUCUAGCAAGAAACGUUUGAAGGUGGUUUUACAGGGAGAUGUAAAAAAAAAAUGUCAUCAGUUAACUGCAUUAUGGUGCUGUGGUGUUACUGCUUUUGUACUCACGUAAUGUACUUAAUCUUCCUUAGGGAUGUUGUGGGGAUGACGGAAGUCUUGCAGAAGUUGAUGGAGCCCAUCCUGCCAGAACUUUGGGUCUUACCACUGCAGAAUUAAAAUACCAAUUACAAAACAAAGAAGAAACUCCUGAAAAUCUGCUCCUCGAGCUCGAAAAGCUAGUUUUGGUAAUGUAAUGUUCAUAUUUUUUUGUGUCGGUGCCAGAUGUUUGAGAGUUAGGAGUCUGAUAGUUUCUCAUUGCUACUGUUCUGAUUUGAUUGUAAUGCAUUUUAUAUGUCUUUUUAAACAUUUGUAUAUAUAUUCAUUUUUAUACAGUGUUUCUGAACACUGCCCAUGUAUCUUAACUAGAUGACGGUCAGGCUACAAAUAUUAAUAAUAAUUAUAAUUUGUAACUAGUGAUAAAGCUAGGAUGAUUGUGUUGCCACUGUUUAGUACUGUUAGGAAUGAUCACUGUGGUUAUUAGUUAUGCAUAUUAAGCUUAGCUUUACAUAAAAUUAUCAGGCUAUACUUCUUGAACUUAUUUAUUACAUUUUUCCUGCCCUUCCUCCCAUGACGAAUUGGCUCCACCACUUACAAUUUGUUUCUCAAUAGCCCUGUACGUGUACUAGAUAACACUAUAAUAAAUCUGAGUAGACCUAUUGAAAUCAGUCCAUUGAUUUCAGUAUGACUGACUUUAUGUCCAUGAUGCCAUAUGUCCAUGAUGUCAGCUGAAUAUGUAUUUAUUGAACGAGUUGCUGCUAGUUUGCUGUAUCUUAUCAGGUGGCAAAAAUACUUAAAUUUUGUCUGAGCUGCUAGUGAUUGCAGUGUUCCUUACACAGGAGCGCUCAAAAGAAGAUGACAGUCUGGAAUCUUUAUUGGACAAUGUUGUUGGACUUCGGCAGAUGCUGGAAUCUGCUGGUGAUCCUUGUCCACUGAGUGAUCAAGAUGUAGAGCCAAUCCUUCCUGUACCAGAAUCUCUCCAGCAUCUUUUUAAUAAUAGGUAAGGUGCUGAAUGUGCAUCUGUGUCUGUGAAGAACUAGAAUCUCUGAAAACCAGGUGUGUGUGGUGGUAUAUUUGGGACCGUGUUUAACUUCAUGCAUUUAUCUUUACGGGCUAUAUGCAUUACAACAGAGAUUACCCAGUUCUCUUGUCUCAGUCCAUCACCACACCCCCUUCCCCCCCCCCGCAAAUGAUAGGUUGAGGUUCUGAGAGUUGUCCAAUUCUAGAUCUUGUGACACAAGUAUUGCACAAGUAUGAUGGAUGUGCUUCUUUGUCAAUUGUGAUAUCUCCCAUUCUUUUUGUCAACAUUGCUAAAUGUCUCUUCUGAUCCUUCUUUAUUUGGAAAUAAUAGACGUUGAGUAGUCCAGCUUUCUUUUUAUCAUUGAUCAGUGUCUUUCUUGAACAAAGCAUAGACUCAAUGUGUCCUUUUCGUUUGUCUUGUUUUAAACAUACAUAAAAUUGUUUUCAACUUAUGCACCUUUACUUAUCACAGUAUUGGUUUAUCACAGUGUUGAUUGUGAACCGUGUCCCUGGACAGAUAGAAGGACAGGGCAUAUGUUUUUAAAAUAACAAAAUAAAUAGUGUACCAAUUGCUAAACAAAAUACAGACGUGAUACGGUCCGUGUCCUAGAAGGCUGUCAGGCUGUUUUUGAUGACAUAGGAAAGUAAAGCGCUUGAUAGACAUUGCAAAGAAUAGGAGACAAGAGCACCUGGUCAUAGCAGAGGUGCAAGUCAUGUUCUCCAUUGGGCAUUAGGAUGCUCCAAGUGGGAUUGUGUUCUUGAGGAAGGAAGUGGUGAAGCCAUGGCUCUUUAGGAAACGUUUUAUUGGAGGAGUGGAUGAUGAAUACCAGUUGGUAACAUUUAUUUCAUAUGGAGACAGCGAACACUGACCGUUAUUUUUUUUUAAAUACAUUUGCUAUUACAGGACUGCAUACAUCUUGGCAGAUGUCAUGGAUGACCAGCUGAAAUCUAUGUGGUUCUCGCCAUUCCAGGCUGAAGAAAUUGAAACUGACCCUGACAUGGUAAAAGUCUUGAGUUUUUAAUACUUGAAUGGGUGGGAACUGGAGCAUUUCCAGCUUAAUUGUCAGCAGUAUUUUUGAGACCCCAUUCAUAGUGUAAGCAACAAAGAGGAAUGUUAGGAAUGUAGACAGAUAAAAAUGGGAUACUCAUUUAGCAGCAGCCUUCUAAGAGUGUUUCCUGUUUGGGGAUGCUGACAGUUGUCUGGGGGAAUGAUUAAAGUGGAAUGAAUUUCUCACUCUUACAGGUAAAGGUUGACUUAAUUGAACUGUCGGAAAAAGGAUGCAGUGACUUCGACCUGCAGGCGGAGCUGGAGAGGUCUUUUUUGACAGAGCCUACUUCUCCGGGUCGGACAAAAACCACAAAAGGCUUUAAACUUGGCAAACACAAGCACGAGACGUUUAUAACUUCCAGGUAACCAGUGGUUUUGAUUGUGACUGUGUGCCUUAAGGUGGAUUUCGAUUUUGCCAUUGCACUGGUGAUGUAUUUGUAAUCACGGCAUAGUGGGAUCCAAGUAGAUUUGAGUGACUUGAAAGGGUCCCUCCCACAAGUUGUUCUGCUGCAGCACUCUCUUUGAAAACCAAAAUUAAAAAAAACAGAUUUUACAUUAACAGAUUUUGCUGGUGCAAGGGAAGGGAGUGGAGGAGGAAUGGUUCCUGUGAAUGAUAGAACUAACAUGGGUUAUAAAAGGCAGAAUCUAGUUCUACCCAGAAGAAAUUUAAAAGAGCCUGGGUUGGAAAAAAGCAUCUUACAUCCUCUAAAAUGCUGCAGACAGGUGUGCCCGAGCAAAAACAAGAAAAUUGACUGUGAUAGGAACCUUAGAAUGCAACACCUUUCUGUGUAUUUUGCCAUAUAAUAAGGUGGUACACAUAAAGGAAGGGAUCUCUUCUUCUUAGAAGCCCUCCUUCAUCCUAGAGACUUAGGUAACUUAACUCCUGGAGCCAAGGGAUGAGGGCAUCAAAACUAAAUUCUUAAGUCACAAAUGGGCAACCUUCAGCUCAGGUGCCACAUGGAGUUCUUGAACCUCUUGAAAUUGCCCCCUUUCCCCGUCCCAUCACAGUUACUUCCUUUCAUUUUGUCCUUUUUACCCAUGGCUUUUAAAGUGGUCUAUCCUUAUUCCUAUGUAGUUUCAGAGCAAUUGGAAGGGGCAGAAUUGUAUUUGAUAAAAAAUUGUUUUUGACUUCUUUCAUGGUUGGUAUGGCUUGGGGAAAAGAAAAGUUUCCCUCCUAGCUGCCUGAGAACAAAGUGUUAGGCUUCUGCUGUAUAUGUAUAUGGGAGAGAGUGGGUUAGCAUGGAACACUAUGCCAAACUAUACCUUAGCUUAAUGCUGGUUUUCCAGAGAGAAGGUUAUGGCCUCUGAGGUCCUCUUCUUUCUGCUGCUGUGAUGUGAUUUGGCUCAGCAUGUUGUCUGAACCCGGUUUCUUGGUUUGUCUAGCUCCAGACAAACCACAAACCUGGGUUUGGAGAAGAAACUAGCCCAACCAUGGCUUUGCUUGCAGCAGGACAAGGGGAGGUGCAUAUUGGCUGCGAUCUUUUCUUUCUCAGGUCUGACACUUGUGCGAUUGCACUAAGCCACUGGUCUUCAGCUGGUGGGUCAGAACCUACUAGAAGGUCACAUGACCUGUUCCAAGGUGGAUUGCAACAGGUGCAUUGCCACCAUGCAGAUAAAUACAUGGUGAAUAAUUAAGAAAUGUGUCCCAAAGUGCAUGUUUGGGUGCAAAAUGCGUCCUCGGUUUGAAAAGGUUGAAGAUACCGGCACUAAGCCAUAGUUUGGCUUAGCCUUAUGUGUGAACCAGAUCAGAAAGGGAGGUUAUUCACAAAGAAAUUACUUUUAAUUUCCAGAAGAGUCACGCUGUACUAAAAACAUCCUCUAUAUACUAAUAUGAGAGUAACUGUCAAAUCUAAUCCGGCUACCUCGAAUUUGAAAAUUCAAAAAUUGAAAAUCGAAGCAGGGAUGUCUUUAUUCCAAAUUAUUUAAUCCAGAACGUUUUUGUCUUUGGCUGUGCCUAUCAUUGGUUCAAACUCCAGCAACCACCAUGCCGUUUGGAUUAAUUGCCACUAAAAAUUUUGACUGAACAACUAACACUAAUGCAGAUGAAUAGCAAGAGACAGGAUAAGGGCUUGGAAAGGAUAGGUGAAAGAGAUGUAUUUGCAAAUGGCACGUCCGUAUGGUUCUUCUAGCUUGUGAAGGACUGGUAAAGGUUCACAUUCUCCUGUAUGCGUUAAUACCUGUGUCCUGCUAAACAAAAUACCUCUUGUUAAUGAAUUUACCAUGCGAAACUUCUGGCCUUAACAGUGGAAAGUCUGAAUACAUCGAACCUGCCAAGAGGGCCCAUAUUGUGCCUCCUCCGAGAGGAAGAGGCAGGGGAGCAUUCGGCCAAGGCAUUCGGCCCCACGAUAUCUUCCGUCAGAGAAAGCAGAACACAAGCAGGCCGCCCUCUAUGCACGUUGACGAUUUUGUGGCUGCCGAGAGCAAGGAAGUGGUUCCACCAGAUGGGAUACAGCCUCCCAAGAGACUGCCUAAAGUUUCACAGAAGAUUUCUUCACGGGGCGGGUUCUCAGGGAAUCGAGGAGGGCGAGGAGCCUUUCACAGUCCAAAUAGAUUCUUCACGCCACCUGCUUCGAAAGGUAGGUUUUCUGGUCCACCUGAAAUAUGUGAGCUUUAUGCCUUCUGGAGGACAGAUUUGAGGUUCCAUUCAUUCAGCGUGUUUCUUAAAGCAAAGUUAGUUGUAGCACUUCUGCUACUAUUCACCAUUGCAGCUAUCUUUUUGGGGGUUUAGAGUCAUGGAAUUGUAGAGUUGUUGUUCUUGAGAAUCAUCUAGUCCAACCCCCUGCAAUACAGGAAUAUGCAGCUGUCCUUUACAGGGAUUGAACCUGCAACCUUGGUGUUAUCAGCACCAUCCACCCAGCUGAGCUAUCUUUGCAGUAACCUUUGCCCACAAAGGAUGCAAUCUCAGGCUUUGGCCUUCUAGCCGCAGCCCCCUACAAACUGAGAUGUUGUAAAAAAAAAGUUUGACGUUCUUUGAUUCUCCAAACAGACCUGUUGCUGUCCCCAUUUUACAGAUGGGGAAAUGAGAGGUAGAAGGAAUGGCUUGUUCAAGACUGCUCAGUCUGUCCAUGAUAAAUUUAGAACUUGGGCCUCCCAAAUUAGCGUCCCGUAAUCUGGCUGCCUGGCCAAGCUAGGUGCUACCUUCCAUCCAGCAUGCAUGAAGCCUUUCAACUCAGAUUGUGGGGUUGAAUAUUUAGAAACAAAGGCAAUUCACAAAUGGCUUAGUUGUUGUGCUUUUUCAUUUAGGAAAUUACAGUCGCCGUGAAGGAGCUAGAGGAUCAAGCUGGAGCGCACAGAGUUCUCCGCGAGGCACCUACAAUGAAAGCAGAGGCGGCCAAAGCAACUUCAAUAGGGGCCCACUUCCACCUCUAAGGCCGUUAAGUUCAGCAGGUUUGUGGUUUCCCUCCCCUCACAAUACUUCGUUGAAAUUAAAUGCACAGUCAGUUCUACCAGUGGUAUUUUUCUUCAGUUUUGAUUUAUGGCACUUAUCUCCUCCCUUUCUGUUUUACAUAAAGCACCAAAAGACACCUUACAAAAUUAAGUCAAAAAUAAUAAAAUGGCUAAAUGCAAACUCAAAAGAGACAAAAAUGUCACUUUAAAAAGUUGGGUCAACAAUGAUGGGAGUUGUAGCAAUAUUUAGAGGGCCACAGUUUCCCUGUUCUUGCUUUAUUGCAUUUAUAUACUUUGUUUGCCAAGCAUGGAUUACAAUUUAAAACACUAAAAUGAAAGCAAAAUAAACAGUUCAAAAUAUAGCUUUUUGGGGGUGGGAGGAGAGUUUCAGGCUGCUGAUGUCCCUUCAUGAGCUAAUGACCUGAUCUCCUUUGCAUGGGCUUUUGAUUCUGGGGUUGAUCCACUGAAGCAUAAUUUUCAUGUUUUACUUGCCGAUGGUUGAAACUAUUGCAUCGUAAGUAAGUGUACAUGUAUGAUGAAGAACACCAAAAGGUUGUGCUGUUCAUUUUGAUCUAUGAUCUGCAGUCUUAGCAAGAUUAAAUAUAUCACAUAUUUCCAGCCUGAUUUUAUAAUAGAAUCAGAGAUGAAAGGGAACCUGAGGGUCAUCUAUGCAGGAAUCUCAGCUAAAGUGUCCAUGACAGAUGGUCAUCCCACCAUAAUGGGGCUUGCUCAGUAGUAAGCCUUAAUUUUGUUGUUGUUUAGUCGUUUAGUCGUGUCCGACUCUUUGUGACCCCAUGGACCAGAGCACGCCAGGCACUUCUGUCUUCCACUGCCUCCCGCAGUUUGGUCAGACUCAUGUUUGUAGCUUCGAGAACACUGUCCAACCAUCUCAUCCUGUCGUCCCCUUCUCCUUGUGCCCUCCAUCUUUCCCAACAUCAGGGUCUUUUCCAGGGAGUCUUCUCUUCUCAUGAGGUGGCCAAAGUAUUGGAGGCAAGGGCAGUGUUCCCCAUUUCCUUGGGGCAACAAGGGAGGCUGCCUACUCCCAUAACAGCCUCUUGAUUACCCCGUGUGGGUCGGAGAGAUGGUAUUGUCGGCCAUCUUCCAAUGCGCCCCCUAGUGGCCCCCGUAAGUCUUCAUAGAAUCGGUCAAUUUCAGUUUCUUCAGCACCAGUGGUUGGUGAAUAAACUUGGAUUACUUUGAUGUUAAAAGGUCUGCCUUGGAUUCUAGUGAAGCUUAAAUGAAACUAGGUGUGCUUAGGAUUCUAGCAUUAAUAAGUUUGCCUUGGUGUCUGUUGCAUAGUAGGCAAAAAAAACCUGGCUAUUAUGAUGGCACAGAUUUCUGUACAGUGCUGGUUAAAUGUAUAUUGAGUUGUUCUGUAUUAAUAUCAUAGGUUGGAGGCUGUUUUUAGAGGCCUCAGUAUAGUUGCAAUGCAUAAUUUGGCCCUUAUUUAUAUCCCAGUAGGAAUCAUCACUGUACUGUUACCAGUUAUCUUUCUUUCUUUUUUUAAGGCUACCGGCCAAGUCCUCGUGAUCGUGCUUCCAGAGGCCGUGGUGGAAUUGGGCCAUCUUGGGCAAGCACAAAUAGCGGCAGUAGCGGUGGCUCAAGAGGAAAGUUUGUUGGCGGAGGCAGCGGAAGAGGGCGUCACGUCCGCUCUUUUACUCGAUAAACACACCAUUGAGAACAUUCUGACUGUGAACCUUUCAAGAUGGUGGCAAAUUGCUUAAGUGCUUGAGGACCAACGCUAGACUUACUGGUAUUGGGGGGCAGAAAAGAGACUUUUUUUUUUGGUUUGGAAAAAAAAAUCCCAUUUUGUUUGAUACAAGAUCUGAGAUUUCAAUAAAACUGGUUUUUGUGUUAGUG